AUGUUCCUUGCUCGAUUAGCAGGUAUCGCAGGCCUUCUGGCCGCUCUUGUAGUCGCUCAGACCACUACACUCCAAGCCGAGUCCGCGACACUAUCUGGUGUCACCGUUGCCACUGCAGUUGCCGGAUAUACUGGCACUGGCUACGUGGAGGGUUUUGACGAAGGCAUAGACAAGGUCACCUUCAGCGUCCCCGCCACAAUUUCGCAACUCUACGACCUCCAACUCGUCUACAACGGUCCCUACGGCGACAAAUAUACCUACGUUGUCCUCAACGGUGCAGGUGGCUCCCAAGUCUCCCUCCCAGCCACAACAACAUGGACGACUGUCUCUGCUGGCCAAGUGCUCCUCAACGCCGGCUCCAACACGAUCGAAAUCCAGAAUAACUGGGGCUGGUACCUCAUUGACAGCAUCAUUUUGUCACCCAGCCCGAAGCGCGGCGCACAUAAGAUUACCACGCAGCCUGUGAGCCCGAAUGCGAAUGCUGAUGCGAAAGCACUGCUCAAAUACCUCGGAAGCAUUUACGGCAAGAACAUCCUCUCCGGCCAACAGGACCAAGCAUCUCUCGACUGGGUAACAGCAAAUGUCGGCAAGACACCCGCCAUCCUCGGUUUGGACUUGAUGGACUACACCGAAUCCCGCAUCUCGCGCGGCGCAUCAUCCACCGACGUCGAUAAAGCCAUCGCGUUCAACAAGAAAGGCGGCAUCGUGACAUUCGUAUGGCACUGGGGCGCACCCGUUGGUCUUUACGAUAAUGCUACGCAGCCGUGGUACUCUGGAUUUUAUACGGCGGCGACGGAUUUCGAUGUCGAGACUGCGCUAAAGGAUACGACGAAUGCGAACUACACGCUGCUGAUUAAGGAUAUUGAUACUAUUGCCGUGCAGCUCAAGAAACUCCAGGAUAAUGGGGUACCGGUGCUGUUUAGGCCGUUGCACGAGGCGGAGGGGAGGUGGUUCUGGUGGGGCGCCAAAGGUCCCGAGCCAGCUAAGAAACUCUACAAAAUCGUCUUCGACCGCCUCACCCGCAUUCACAAACUGCAGAACCUGAUCUGGGUCUGGAAUUCUGUGGCGAAGGACUGGUACCCCGGCAACUCCUACGUCGACAUCGUCUCCGCCGACACUUAUGCGCAGGGCGACCACGGCCCGAUUUCUGCGACGUACAAUAAUCUUCUUACUUUGACUGGGGACACGAAGAUCAUUGCCGCCGCGGAGAUUGGGUCAGUCAUGGAGCCGAGCUUGUUGAAGGCGUAUCAGGCGGAUUGGGCGUGGUUUGUGGUUUGGAGUGGGGACUAUAUUAGUGCGGGGGUGUGGAAUAGUCUGGAUUUGUUGAAGAGGGUGUAUACUGAUGCGUAUGUGCUUACGCUGGAUGAGAUUCAGGGGUGGCGG